ACAAGCAUCCAAUAUGGCGACCUUCACAGGGCAGGAUGGAAAGGAUGUCGGUACCUCAGAUGUGGACCUCUUACUGCACCCCGAGCUGCUGUCUCAGGAUUUUAUGCAGCUCAUACUAACUGAGAAACAUGUCAGCACCAGAGGCUGUGAGAGUCGGGACCGGCUCACGGAGCUUUACCUCCGCCACGUCAUCCCGCUGCCGCAGAGGACUUUACCCAACAGCCGCUGGGGCAAGAAGAUGGAGAAGAGCCGGGGGAGGCAGACAUCGGCCGGCCACCGGUCAGACAGUUCCAGUAACGACCACAAUAGGAAAAGGCCCCUGAUUGUGUUUGACGGCACUUCCUCUCACCAUGGCCCACUUAAAGUAAAGAAACCAGAGGGAACCACCGCGUCAACAGGAAUUACUGACAGGUUAAAACCUCCUCCUGCUGCAAACCUGUCCAACCCAAUCCGCAAGCUGUCUGGAAACACAUCUUCCUCAUCCUCAUCCGUUCAUUGCAGCGCUGACGUGGCAAACCUCAAACGGGAAGCAAACAGCUCGGGUGCAGUGAAGUCUCCAGAGGUGAAGAAAAAGAUCCAGCAUGUGACAUGGCCCUGACCUCUGACCCUGAUUCACACAGACCUGAUGGGAGCUCAGGCUCUGAAGGACAGACCACCUCCCUCCCACCACAUUUUUGUUGCCUAGUGUCAGUGCUCUCCCCAUCAUAUUUAUCUUACUAAUUACAAUAUAAAAGGGGUGAAAGCCCCUUUACCUGUGUGUCCAGGCCACCUCAAAGUUCAGUCUGGAGUGCUGACAGGAUGAGGAGGUGCUCCGCAGAUCGUCCUGCCGUUGAUGUCUCAAGCUUCCUUGUUGCUUUUCACAACCUCAAGUGCCCUUACCAUCAAUAAUCAGCAACUCUCCUCAAGUCCCACACAUGGACGACAAAACAAGUAACACUGCUUUGUGUUCUGAAACGCCAUUUAUGGAAAUUAUGGUUGUUGAUAUUCUUUCUAUCUGUGCAUAAGAUGGUUUUUGGUCAGAGGGACUCCAGUACUGGUUUGUGAAAGUGUGAGUUUUUCCUUCGGUUUUCCUUAAAAGUUUGUAUUGAAGUGCUGCAGGGAUGACGUUUAUUUGUAGACCAACCCGGAAGUUACCAGUGCCGUGGUUCCCUCAGUAAAAAGCCUGUGGGAUUUUUUUCAUUGGAUUUUGGAUUAUUGCAGAAAGUAACCUCUGUGGUAAACAAAAGUUUAUGUUGUAAACGAGUGAGGGUAGAAUGGAUCCUGAGAUGGAUCAGCGUUUUGGCAUGGUGUCUGCAGUGAUGCAGGCAAUGAGGUCGCAGAUACAAGCGGCUGAAAUUAGUUUCUUCCAUGGGGUGUAGGCCUGUUGCGAUAUGCGAUAAGUUGGUUAAUUGCACGGUAAAUUAAAAGGGAGACGGUAACUUUUCCGGCCACGAUUAAUUGCCGUACUCAUGCGUGUUUGUUUUUCUCGUCUCCCUCCACCAAAGAAACUGGACGGCAAGAGCGUUCACUGCCGUGCAUCGUGUGGCAGCCAGGUGAGUUGGUUCAUUAGUGUAAUGAACGGAGGGAAAGCUCUUGUCAUCGAGUGUCUUUGUCUCUGUGGGGGAGGCGGGCCUAUGGGCUACACACACACACACACACACACACACACAGUGCAGUCUUCAUGAGGGGGAGACGAGGCCAAGAAGAAAACAGAGAGUUGAGCGUAAGAGAAAGAUGUGGAACUUGUUCCUAAACCAAAUGCCACGGCCCCUGUGUGGGAGUGGUUUGGAUUUAAACCAAAUGACAGAGGGGAGCCCAGUAAUUUGGGCGAGCCGGUGUGCCGGGUUUAUUCUAAAACCAUCUCAACAAAAAGAGUGAAUACAACCAACUUAACCGCACACCAGAGAGUGAGAGACUGACAGUCCAUUUUUUUUGCAUUUAUUUCAAUAUUUUUACGUGUUAUUUCGGAUAUUUAAAUUUUAUUUUUUGCAUUCCUAAAUAUUCUUGUUAAAUAAAUGUUUGUUUCUCUUUAAAAGGGUGUACUUGCAUCUACAUGCCUUUAUUAUCAUUAUAUAAGUUUAAAUAAGUUUAAAAAAUGUUCUAAAAACAGCAAAAUUACAACAAUAAUAACAAUGGUCUUAAAAGCACAAUAUUACGCAAUAUUAUCGCUUAUUGCAAUAAUUUCUGACGCAAUUAAUCGCCCAGCAAAAUUUGUUAUCGUGACAGGCCUAGUGGGUUGUCUGGGCUCAGCCUUAGAGAUAGGGUAAGGAGCGCAGACAUCCAGAGGGAGCUCAGAGUAGAGCCGCUGCUCCUUCACAUCAAAACAGGCCAGUUGAGGUGGUUCAGGCAUCUGAUCAGGAUGCCUCCUGGGUGCCUCCCAUUAGAGAUGUUCUGGGCAUGUCCCACUGGUAGGAGGCCCCGGCAGACCCAGAACAUGCUGGAGGGAUUACAUAUCUCAUCUGGCCUGGGAACACCUUGGGGUCCCCAAGAGGAGCUGGAAAGCAUUGCUGGGGAGAGAGAGACGUCUGGGGUGCUUAACUUGGCCUGCUGCUCCCACGACCCAGCCCCAGAUAAGCGGAUGAAAAUGGAUGGGUGGAGUAUACCUUUAAUGACCCCUUCAACCUGGGGUAUUUACUUGUGUGAACCACAGACCUUAUUUCAGGCAUCCAACCAAAAAACUUUGAGACGAGGGAACCUGAGGUGCAAAAAAUGCUAACUGAUUUUCAGGUUUUAGGACUCAUCCCUGCAGCACUUUGUUGGUAGUACCAUGACUUGAAUGGACAGAUAGAAAUGUCCAUUAGUCACAGUCUCAACUAUGAGAAUCAAUAGCAUUUGUGUCAAAAUCAAAGAGGCAUUGUCAACAUGUUGUGGCAGUGCUAAAACAGAAAGAAGGUUUUUGGCCAUGAUCACACAGGGAGUAUUUUGCAGGUUGCAAAACGCGAGGCGCACCGCUUGCACUUUUUUAUUGUUGCCAGGGACUGCACCAACACGUCCUUACACUAACCUUCCAGUGUAACCAAUCUGUUUUUCCCCCCAGUAAUUAGUAUCUAGUUCCUAAAAUGCUGAGGCAGAGGGUACUUGCUGUAGCUCUGGUUGAGGGUGAGAGGCUGUCAGCAAAAUUUGUUGGGCACAGGGAAACAGAGAUCUGUGUGGGUACAUGAGACCCUAAAAAAGAGGGUGGAUCAUGGGAAGUACCACCAGUUGGUCCAGGAACAACUUCUCCAUGAUGCCGUUUCCAGACUUAUUUUAGGAUGACUCUGGGCAGUUUGACAACCUGCUGUCCAUCGUUGGGCCAUAUAGCUCUGGCCAGCUACUGCUACCACCAGUUUCUCCUCCAUUGUUUACCAACUGUAAACUUGUUUUCGUGACCAUGACGAAACCAGAUGAUGUGGGGUGUUCUUCCGCUCUGAGGUGUUUUUUCAACUUGAAGAGUUCAGAGCGCUGUGGCAAAAACACCAGGUGCCUAGAGCGCAGAUACGUGAGACGCAUUGCAACAUAAAAACUGCGAGCAAAAAGCUUACAAAAAGGAGCCUCCAGCUGCUAAAACACUCUCUGUGUGAUCAGGGCCAAAUGGUGUACCUUUAAAAGGAAACAAACCACAGAUGAUGCUGAACAAAGCAUUUUAGAAGUAAGUGUGUGUGUGUGUGUGUGUGUGUGUGUGUGUGUGUGUGUGUGUGUGUGUGUGUGUGUGUGUGUGUGUGUUUGAACUGGUAGUAGGUGUCAGUCUUGUCAUUAAUGAACUCCAUUCCACUGAUGUUUGGCUUUAUUCAAACCUGAGUGCUGUUUCAUAAGUCCUUCAGGGUUUUUAAAUAAUAGUGUAGUAUUGUACAUAUGUUGCAUAUAACACACAGACUAAAUGAUUUUCAUAUACAGCUGGAUCAUCGUAAUAAUUCACUACUAAACAGCAUACACGUAUUGGAAUAUCACCUUUUAAUAAUUCAUAUAAAGAGGAAGGAAUAUGGACUAAACCAGGAAUAUUGUCUUUUUGAAGUAUGUUUAUUUGGAGUUGUGGAUAAAUUUGCAGCUACUGUCGUUGAAACGGACGUUGAGUUCAUCAAAAACACACAGGAACAAGAUUCACAAAGCGUUUUGAAUCCAUUGUGAAAUCCAGUAUCAUGUUUGUACCUACAGUUUUUUAAAUAAAUUGUCUGAAUACAACGAAUCAGUUUUUUUUUUUAAAGAUAUUUUUUUGGGCAUUUUGCCUUUAUAGAUAGGAUAGUCAAGCGUGAA